AUGGCCAAGCAGGCCGAUCAGUUGGCCACCAUGGUGUCUAGUGAUCUGGAUCAACUACGACAAGCUCUCACAAGGUUUCUAGAAAUCUCGCCGGACUUUCGCAAAGCAUCGUUGUCAAUCGGCAUGGAGCCACAAGAGCAGUGCGUUGCGUGCAGAGCUCUACCCCGAAAGCUAGUCAGCGACGGAGCAAUAGGUGCAGACGGAAGUAUUUACAAGAUCGGCGCGGACACCGUGCUGUCUGCCGCCGAACAAACCCAGAAAGUAUUGGCGGACAAGCUUCGAUUCCCACUUAGCCUUUCCAGCAGUCUGUUCGUGGGAUGCACGGGUCCAACAGCAACAUCUGAUGCAACACAGGUCUCGGCUAUACAGCCAUUGCCUCUUCUACGUCAGAUGGUGGUUGCGGAAUCUGGCUGGUUGACUGCCAAGGCAUCGGCACAAGAGCCUGAGCGAGCUUUGCAGCGCAAGCUUGUGCAAAGUCAGGAAAUGCCAGUUCAAGUGGCCACACCUCGGUCGAAGCGGCGGCCGCCAAGUGCACAGGAGGAGCUGCGUGAUCGGCCGCAAAGUGUUCGUUCGUACUUUCCCGCCGUGGAUGUGCGAGGCUCUAUUCCAAACGGCCGAAGAAGCCGCUAA